UAUGUCCUCGCAUAUAAUAUAAGUACAUAUGUCCUCACAUACAAUACAAGUAUAAAUGUCCUCACAUGGUAGAACCGUUCUGUGUUGAAACACGAAGCACCUUAUUAGGGGGAAGCAAACCUAUAUGUAGCGUACAAGGGUGCUCCGGUGCUGUGGUGCGGGGCGAAUAUAUUAUCUAUCGUUGUGCGUCGUCGUAGGAUCGUAUUUACGUAUUGAUGCCAUAACUAUUACUUGUACUCGAACAAGCAUAUACACAUGUAGAAAGAUUGAUCUUCAUCAUAAUCCACACAUCCGUCACCACUGAGAAGAUUUUCCGUACGUUUCAGAAAGCAGCAGUUAUGCUCUCCAAUACGCACUACGUCUUGAGUGCGUUCACCUUUAUAUGGGUACUAUCAAUACUAGUUUGUGCACGGAUGCACAUAGACGAUUUCGAACGUUUUGAUUCAGACCUCAUGAGACAUACAGAGAACGAUGAAAACAAUGCUGCAGACAACAUAGACGUGCAUACAUUCAAUCACCGGUUUAACCGAGACAACAGUUGUUUAAACCUCAGCACAGUCAUCGAGUUAAUCCCCGAUCUAUCCGUGUACUUAAUCGGUUUAUAUCUGGCGAACGCCACCGCCGCACUCGAGGACAUGCGAGAUGAGAGUAUCACUAUCUUUGCGCCUAUCAAUGAUGCAUUCAGUGCUUUAGAUUACACCACAUACUCUUGCCUACUGAAACCUAAGAAUCAAUUGUGGCUAGCGGAUAGCUUACUGGGGUUCAUGACUCAUGAAUGGGUUGAUUUGAGUGUUCCGCAUAACGAUUCUCUGAUCAUGCUCAACGGAGAUAAAGUGCAUGUGGAGGUAGGUAGUGACUAUGUAGUACUAGACGACACACGCCUGGGUGUCAUAGGCAGUGCCAGACACACGUGUACUGGUGUGGUGCACGUGGUGGAUACCAUCAGUAAGAACACCUUCUGCGAGGACGUUGAAACCCGAAUCGAGUCCAAUGACAAUGAGAUAGGACAGGAAGGCACUGACUCUGAUAAAGCCGACUGUCAGUCAAUCUACGACUAUGCAGCGGCAUCGUCCGUUCUCUCUGUAGCAUCGACGUUGCUGGAAGUGGCCCGCGAGAAGAGCCUAAUAUUCCCAACGGAAUGUACCUACUUCCUACCAACAGACACCGCGUUUCAGAACGCCCCGAGUGAGUUCCUGUACUUCAUAAAUCUGGACCGCAAUGAACCUCUUUUAGCGGACUUUAUGUACGGCCAUGCCGUCUACGGUAGUCUAGCGAUGGAUCAGUUUGCUAAUGAGACUGUUGAGAUGCUCAAUCAAAGCUUCGAGGAAGCGACUGUGAUUAAGGGGGUUGUAAGGCUAAGCGGUGCUACGGUGACCGGGGCUGCCCAGUUAUGUGGGGGAGGGUAUGUGCAUCAGAUUGAUACUUUGUUACUACCCCACGCCCUGCGGACCAACGGUUGAGCAUGGCUCCUAAGGGUACGUUCGUAGAGCUGACCGGUUACAACCGUGAGAACGGACCUGUGUAAUACGUUGAGACCGCGCUCGACCUGUGGUUCAGUAGGGGCGAAUCCUGAGAAUAGCCUAACGUGCCCAGUUUGCACCCUAAUCGAGACAAAGACUCAAACUGACCCAAUUGUGCGCUUUGGGGCCGAGAAUGGCCUCGUGUGUCAGUGCCACACCCUGCGUGAACCGAGGCUUGACCAGCAGCAGCAGUCGCACGCUUUGUUAGAGGAUGUGCUCGCACACUUGGCACUGGAACAGUGCGACCGACUGUGGAGAUCCCAAGGGUUCCUAUUUUGAACGUUGCUAUGGUAACGUCGUACCCGCAUGAUAGGUGGUUGGUUGCGUCGGUCAAGUAUAACACUUUGGAAGUGCCUAAUUAGCGCGAAUGUGUUCGAUGAAGCAGUAUUGUAUGCUGGAGGUGUGAGGACACACAUCUAAGAUCAACAAACAUCACACACAUGGUUGCAGAAUGCAAGAGUCAUGCCGAUCCAUAAUAUCAAGUGUAUAUGGCAGCAAGGGCACCUGACAGAUUGGGCCCGGGUACACAGCUAGACCAGUUAAGGGGCCAUUUGUAGUCCUAACGCCUGAAUCACGAGGUGUUGUAUUGGAGUCGGUGUGCACGGGCGUAUGGAGGGUCUAUGGUAGCGUUUAGGCUUACAUAAAUCCCUAAAUCCCUCAACCCCUUGAGAAGCGAUUGUCGCUGGUGGUGGCAUAGUCAUGCACUGACUGAUAUACGGUGCACUGGAGGUGCGUAGGUACUCAUGCACGUGGUGAUGUCAGUGCUGGUGUUGCAUUUACUGAUCAACACACCACCCAGCAUUCGGUGUGCUAAGUAUGAAGGCACUGGUGUACCGAACUAUCAAAUCAAUCCAUGUUCGCAGACAUGGGAACCCAUGGAUAAGUGCGGGGCUAUCCUUUUCACGUUGUUUUGCGCGAAACUUUCGAGGGCAAAUUUAAAAUAAGGUGGGACAAUAACAGGCGAAAUGCUGCGGAGAGAAUCUGGUGUCUGCAGUGCUGUGAUCCAUCAUCAACUGAUGUGCUAUGACUCAUGCUAACCUGACACGAUACCGAAGAUGGGGACAACACGGUCAAUUUCAGGCGAGUGAUGCGAUCCUUUCUCAAAAGGAUAAUGGUGCGGUCAUUUUUUAGAAGGAUAAUGGUACGGUCCUUUUUCAGAAAGAGAAUGGUGCGGUUCUUUGUCAAAAGGAGCAUGGUACGGUCCUUUUUCAGAAGUAGAAUGGUGCGGUCCUUUUUCAGAAGGAGAAUGGUGCGGUCAUUUUUCAGAAGGUAAAUGGUGCGGUC